AAACAUCAUCGUUACAAAAUUAAUGCACGAUUUCCCGGCUAAAAGUAGCUUGUUUCCAUAUGUGCGUGGAAAAGAGCGGAACCAUCAGACUUUAGUUACAUUGUUUCUUGAUGUACUGUUUAUGCUGGUGCGCUGCAGUGGCGCUUUGCAUUUGAACGAAAUAUGGGGUCAAAUGUGAUUUUCCCGUUAGUAUGAACUGCCAACUAAUCUGCUCGAGUUAAAAUGGUUAAAUUAGAGGAAAAUAAAUAUGCCGUGUAAUCUUUUAUUACCAGUAAGGCCAUAGAAUGCUGGUGAGUUACAGCAGCAGCUCCGAGGAUGAAAGUGAUUGUUUUACAGUUCAAAGGAAACGAUCAUGCAACGUUACCUGCCCCGACGAGGGAGACUCGCGCUUCGGCAAGAGGAGCAAACUUGAGGCUGUAAACAGCGAUGAUAGCAAUGAGCAAAACAAAGAAGUCCUACCUGAGAAAGAGCGUGGCCGCUUACCUGUGCCCGAUACUGUGCUGCAUAUGUUCCAAGAGGAGCAGAAGGUUGACGACAGUGCCCAGCACGGAGGGCGAGUCCGGUCUUUCAAGCAUGAGCCGGGGAUUUGGGCCACAUACGUGUUCCUGCCGUACACACCAGAUGAGGCAUUCCUGGACCUGCUGGACGAGGUGACAGCCCUGGCCAGAUCCCUGGAUGUGCCCCUGACUCAUGCAGAAGAGUUCCACAUCAGUCUGUCGCAGACAGUGGUUCUGCGGCACCACUGGAUCCAGCCAUUUGUGCAGUCCCUCAGAAACAGUCUGGCUGACACCAAACGGUUCCUUUGUUUGGCUCAGAGACUAAAUAUCUACUCAAACAGCGAGAAGACCAGGACAUUUGUGGGUUUGGAAAUCUCCACUGGGCAUGCUCAACUAACAGGGUUGGCUAAAGUGAUCGACAAAACGAUGGAGGAGUUCCGCCUUGCAACAUUUUACCAGAACCCUUCCUUCCACGUGAGCCUCGGCUGGUGUGUGGGUGACCAGACGGCCCAGCUCCAGUCGGCAUGUUUGGCGCAGCUGCAGAGUCUUUUGGACCACCAUGAAGAUGGACCCUUCCAGCUGAGGAUAGAUUGUGAUGAGCUGCGCUGCAAGACUGGAAACAAAGUCUUCUCCUUUCCCUUGCCCAAGUAGGACUAUCAACACCUAAACCACACUAAUUCCCCUCACUGUAACAGUCUAAAUGUAUCUCUGUUUCAACAAAAGUAAAUAGUUAUGCAUUGUCCUCAGUAGUGUGAAUACCAUUUUGAAUGGAAGAGAAAUAUGUGACCAAGAAUCCAAAUGUGCUCAGCUCAUCCUAACUGUUACUGGCUACAAUUCUCUAUUUUUUUAGCUGUAAAGUAAAUAAAUAUUUGUAUUUUCCUUUGGA